GUCAUCCUAAUUUCUAAUUAACCUUACACUACCCGAUCCCGAAUUUAUCUAAUGAACUAGGGCUACGAUUAAACAGGAUAGUUUGUGAAAAUCUGAGGCAUUCUUAUACAUUUUUCUGAAUUAUGUCCGAGUGUAUAACGUUCAAAGCACAAGCUUAUUGCAAAAUCAUAUUACAUGCUACAAAAUAUCCUCACUGUGCUGUAAAUGGAGUUUUAUUAGCCAAAGUAUCAACCAAAUCCAAAGAAAUUACUUUCGAGGAUGCAGUACCGCUGUUUCAUAUCGGCCUGAAUUUAACUCCAAUGGCUGAAGUUGCACUUGCACAAAUUGAUGAACUAGUGUCUAAGAAAGGUUUAUGUAUUGCUGGUUACUAUACUGCCCAUGAAAAUUUGAGGGAAAAUUCGUUUGAAAAAUCUGAAAGUAGAAUUACCGACAAACUCGCUUCUAAUUUUAAUCACCCAUGUUUAGUUGUGGUGGACAACAUGCAAGUUGGAACAACGUGGAAGUCUGCUAUUAAAGUAGCUCAAUUCAGUGAUGGUUCAUAUAGACCAUGUGAUCCAAAGAGAGUUUGUGUAAAACCAGAAAAAACUUUCGAUAUUUGUAACCAAUUGAACAUGGAAGAAAAAUAUUAUACAAUAAAUGAUUUUGAUGACCACCUUGAUGACAUCAAAUUGGACUGGUUGAAUCCAGCCAUUAACGAAGCAAUUGAAGGGCUUUUAUGAUUCACUGUAUUAGUAAUAAUUUCAAUUUGAAAUGCUAUCACACAAUUUCCUGGGUUUAUAUUUAACUAUUCCAUCAUUUCAGUACAAUAAGUUGUUUUAUUUAAUGAUUUAUAAUAUAUGUUGAGUGAAUACUGCA